GGCCAGUUCUCAGUUGCAGAAGUGAAACAGACCAGAAGAACUCUACAAGUGCAUACCCUAACACACUGUGCUGUUAGCACUCAAGACUUACAACCAGAAGAAGCAAAAGAGAGACAUCAAAAACAAGGACUGUCCAUCUGUGCCAUGCUGGCUGAAGGUUUUCUCAGAAUGCUGCUUUACAGGGAGGAGAGAAAGUUUGCCUCUGAUUCCAAAUGCCACAAAACCCAGACACACACUCAUUGUACGGACCAGUUCAAUGGCAUUGUCUCUGAAUCAGACUCGGCAGACCUACAGACAGAUUCAGCUGAAGCAGGUCCAAACCAGGAAGAGUUAGACUCCACCCAAGCUCAGGGGCUGAGAGUGCUGCCUCCUGUAGGCCUGUUAAUCCCUGGGUGUUCACCUGAUUUCACCCUGGACUCUGACUUUACAGUCUGCAUAGACGACUGUAGCCUCCUGGAACAGUAUCCAGACCUGCAGGUGGCUGACUCAGGCCGCAUCUCUCACAACCCAUUGAGAGCUACCAUCACCCAGUACGGUCUGCUGACUCCUGUCUCAGAAGUCCUCCGUCAUCCAGAAUGGGCAGUCCAGCAGGAGCCGCAAGGGGACAUACCAGACCAGGGAUACCUGGUUAUGGGGGACAGUGCGAACAUCAGCCUGGAUCUGCCCGGAUCAGGGUUGGAGCCCAUGUCAAACUCAGUACUGAAUGGGCUGCUGGAGAAACAGCUGGAGCAGGUGUACAUGCAGCACCUGACUGACAACUUGGCUCGAUGCAACUCUCACCUGGGGAACAGCCUUCUGCAUGGCCUGGUGCCACCGCCACAGCCCAGCAGCCAAUCGCAGGGGCCAGACUCCCUGGAGGCCAGUCUGGAGGAAGGAUGUGGAGGGGAAGCUGACAAAAAGAUUAGUUAUCUGAGCACCCAGAACUUAGUUCCCUGCUCAUCCAACUUCAGCUCCCCUGUGCUGAGGAUUUCAGAGUUUGACUGACACUCAUCUACAAUAAAUCCUGCAAAAGUGUUAAAUAUAAUGGUCAGUUAAGCUUUUUUUGCCUCUGUACUUAACUCCUAAGUUAACAGUUAUACACAUAUAGACAUGACUGUGAUGUGGAGACAAGUGCAGUCCAGUAUAAAAGUGCAUGCUUUUAUUUUUGUUUAUCUGUUUCUACAUAAUGUCUUUGUUUACUUGUUUGAUGACAUGAUGCCUCAAAUGUGCCACCUGCUGUUAGAUUGUUGUACUACAGCACACUGAAUUUACCUGUUAUUCAUGAGAGUUUAUUGUGCUGACAUUUUAAGUGGGCGUGUGUUAGGUAGGUGAUAUAAUAAUAAUUAAAAAAAAAAGCUGUAAUCCAGUGUAAGCUCAUACUGCACACUGAAGAAUCCUUGUAAAUAGGAAUGUAUCUUUCUGUAGAGUAACCCCUCUGGUGUGAAUUGACUAAAACAGAAGAAUCAUUAAAUCAUAACUGAUAUUCAUACAUGUAUUGACUUCUGAGUCCUCUGAGCUGUGACCUGUCCACAAAGCAGGAUGUGCAGAGCCAUAUUCAGGCUGUUACACUGAUGUAAAUAUGGAGGUUGACAAUGACUGCUUUGACAGGGAAAAUAAAUGACUGGUCAGUGUGGUCACACUAUAUAAAAGUCUCUGUAUGUGGAGCUGGAACUUGAUGUCACUCUCAAGUUACAGUUUUUUUGAUACAAUGAUUAACAAUAGAUAACACCUUAAUCUAAGUUCUGACUCUCCUCCAAUGCUGUUAAAGGUUUCAUAUGACAGACAUUCUACAAACCGCCAUGACAGUUACAGUGUGAAGUUCAAUGUGUCAACUGCAGCAGACCUCAUGAUACCAUAACUUAAUCUUGAUACAAUUAGGGAGACACUUAUUGUUUGUAUAAUAUAUUUUGUCUUUACUGUGAAAUAUAACUGAAGUACCCCAUUAGUAAA